UAUUUCACCUAUGGCACAAUAGUACUACAUUUUAUGGAAAGUAUGAGCGGAACUUUCCUUUCACUUUUCCUUUCUUCUUCUUUAAUUCACCAAAAAGCUGCUUUUUUCUCAUCAUAAAUUUCCCCAAACAGUUUCAGCUUUCCUCUUUGCAACUUCAUUCCUGUUACAUAUCCACAGGAACACAAGUAGCUCAAGUGGAAAUAUUUUCCAUAGAAAUCAAUUCCAUUCUCUUUAAUGUUCCAGUGCCAGAAAAUUACCAGCUCCUUUAAAACCAAGCUCACAUUCUCACAUGGGCUCUCCUCUUUCUUUCUCCUUGAUAAUUCUGCUCUCCUUGGCAUCCAUCAGAGUUGAAGCUCAAGGGAUCAAAUCUGCUCGUCUUCUCGAUCUUGUCAUUAGAGAUUACACAUUCAAGUCCUAUGGCAUACACUUCAAGACAGGUAUACUACACACUGUGCAUUUGCCGGCAAACUUUUCCGGCAUCAAGGUGGAUACUGUGCGGUUCCGGUGCGGCAGUCUCCGGAGAUAUGGUGCUCAGGUAAAGGAAUUCCAUCUGGGUAUUGGUGUAAUUGUGAAGCCAUGUGUAGAGAGAGUGAUGGUGAUUAGACAAAACUUAGGACAUAACUGGUCUUCUAUAUAUUACGCCAACUAUGACUUAUCAGGAUAUCAACUCGUGUCCCCAAUUUUAGGCCUUUUGGCUUACAAUGGUGGCAGUGAUGUGAAUUUUAGCAACCCUUUUGAGCUUGGAAUCCAUGCUGGAGAAAAACCCAUUACUAUAGACUUUACCAAGACAACCAAUACCGCAAACAAAUCAGGAAUCAGGCCAAUCUGUGCUAGUUUUGAAAAUGAUGGAAAGGUGACACUGAAAACCCCUGUAUCCCAUCAUGUUUGUGUUGUCACAAGGCAUGGCCACUACGGCUUGGUGAUCGAGUCGCCGCCAACAGGACCACCGGCGGCAGGAGCAACAGGGCAGGGAAGAAAAACGAUCAGCCUGUGGAAAGUGGUGGUGGGGAGCACCGUCGGCUCUGCCUUGGGAAUAUUCCUAUUGGGCUUGCUUUUGGUUGCAAUGUUUGUUAAAGUAAAGAAGAAAGCGAGAAUGGAAGAGAUGGAGAGAAGAGCAUAUGAAGAGGAAGCUCUGCAAGUAUCAAUGGUUGGCCAUGUGAGAGCACCUACAGCAACUGUUACUCGAACCAUGCCUGCGAUUGAACAUGAGUAUAUACCUUAUCGCCGUUCUUGAAUUGUUCAUCUCUCAUUAUGAACAUUAUUCUUUUUGUAAUAAUAUUUUAAAAGAAAACGAAUUUGUAUUGAUUUGAGAAGAAGGAUAGAAUCAACAAAAAAUUUUGUCA